UUAGACAGAUUUUCGAAAUAUGAACAAUAUUUUAACUUGGGGUACAAGCGUACGAAUGAUUGUUUGUCCGGCUGUCCAGUUUUACACCCGGUGGGGAUAAUGAACGAUAGUUGUCAGUGUAACUGCAGAGUGUUACUUUUAUAAUGAUCAUGAUUAUUCUUAUUGUGUCACUUGGAGUUUUAGUAUUCAUAAUGGUAUUUUGUUUUGCAAAACGACAAAUUACAAGAUUUGCUUUAAAAUCUGGUAAGAGCCCACAUGAACCAAUAGGGCAAAAUGCUCCAAAGGCACUGCUGUUGGAAAUUGAGAGGAGGUUGAAACGUGUGAAAGACAUCGCAGUCGAACCACAACUUAUUGCGCCCGAACAAGAAAUUGAACUCCAACAACGAGCGGAGUCUACUCCACAGAUAUAUUACUACAGAAUGAAGGCACUGGACAGCCUUCCAAAAUUAUAUUCUGACAUAAAGAAAUGCAACCCAAAUGCCACAAAGAAGGUAGGUAUUCCUCUUAGAGUUUUCCUGUUUGAGCAGAGGCAGGCUGGGUGCCUGGAGGGCAUCCGACUUGAAACCAUUGAGAAGUUUUGUAGUCUGUAUGACCAUGCCAGACACGACCCCAAGAUUUUCACAUUAAGUGAAUACACCAGGUUCAACGACAUACUGAGACUACUACAGAAUCAAAUCCAGCAAAGGGACAAGAGACCGUCACACUCGCCGGCAACUCCCGGCCAUGUUCACCCCGGAAUAUCCAACCCAAGUUUCAAAAAGAUGAACACCACAGGAUUCUCUAACAUACCAGCCGGCGCACACCUCAAACUGCACCUACAAGAGAGCAAACCCGUCAAGUCCACUGCAGCUGAACAGUCGCCGAGAAGCAGUAGUGGAAAAGAACAAUCUCAAAACAACAAAAAAAUUACGUGAUUAUGAUUACGUGUGCGUGUGUGUAAGUGACUAAGUGUGUGCGUGCGUACGUGCCUGCGUGUGUGUGUGUGCGUGUGUUGCGAAUGUUGUUAGUACAUCCUCACCAUUGCCACAAAAUGCUUAAUAUAUUAAUUUUAUUGUAAGUUUGAGUGCAUCUUUUUAUUUAUUUAAGUUAGUUUUAUGUCUAAACUGCUGCUAGUGGAGUUGGUUAAUUUAUUGAUUCAUCGUGUCGUAUCCACAAUCACGUUCAAAGUUAAUGACGUUUAUAUUAUGUUCAGUUAAUAUUUAGAACAGUUACUUAACUUUUAAUGAAAGUGACAAUCAAAAUUCCUUCUUUUAUAUAUACAACAAAUUAUUAUUAUUUUUAAAUAAUAUGAAUAAAAUUUGAAAAAG